CAUCUUUAUUUCAUUCACUUCUUAGGUUCAACUUCGAGUUCAAGUUCAAGUUCCGCUUCUUCAGCUUCAGGUAGUAGUAGUAGUGGUUGGUGGUUGGGAGGUGCCGGUGUUCAAGGACCAGGUCAAGGUCCUGGUCCAGGACAACAACCACCCCCACCUCCGCAACCACAACCACAACCAUCAUCAACACAGUCCACAGCAGAAUCUUCGGGUUGGGGUAUAUGGUCGCGAAUUUUUGGGAAGUUGCAAAGAAAAAUUUUGUCUGCCGUGUCUCCAGCUUCGUGGGUCGCAUCAGCUCCAUCCGCCAUUAGUACUGUUUCUCAUGCAGCUACCCCCGUAAUACAGGCUGUUCAGGGAGUUGUAGGAGGUGAAGUACAAAUUGUUCCUUUAGCACGUCCUGCUCCACCAGUCGAACCGGAUGAACCGGUCGAACCAGUUACUCCUACCCCCACCGCGAAGCCUACAAAACCUUGGGAUCGGCUUAUCCCUUUUGUUGCGUUGGCUCCUGCUACAGUUGCUAUUUCUAUUUUUUCCUACUUAAUCUGGAAGUAUUUUGCCCAACUGCGUAAGAUAAGACUCUACAGAAGAGCUCCUUUAAGAAUUCCCGGUCCAUCAGUACAGGAACAGCUCCUUGAUCAUGUGGAAGAAGCUGGUCCACAUGAAUAUCGAUUGGUUAAGGAACGAAAACCUCCAUCUGUUCCAGCGAGAACAAAACGUUCUGGUCGCGAUCCUGCUGGUGAUGGUCGCGUGAAUCGCCGCACCAUUAUUAAAAUUCAUUUUGAACUGGUGGAUGAAUGUCAAAAAGGGGACACACAAUUGAACCAGAAGGAUUUUCUGGAACUUUUAGUUCGAGAGUUUAUGGGAAGCGAAUUUAUGGAAGAAGAAGAACAAGUUCCUAAGGAAGAAGUUCUUAUGGAAAGUGUUCCAAGGGAACUUGUUCCUAUUGAGGAGGUUCCAAGCUUAAGUUCCGGGUUUAUGGUUUAA